UUAACUUAGAUAGUCCCAUCUCUCUCUGCGAGCAUCUCAGUUACAAAAUUCCAUUCGAAGAACCCAUAUCGAAGUCAACCAUGGCCCGAAGUAAACUUCCCGUUCUGGCUAAGCAGUUCUUGGCAGAGGCCUUGGGAACCUUUCUGCUUGUUCUUUUCGGAGACGGGGCCAUCGCUCAAUAUAAAGCCCAAUUGGCCUCAGUAACACCCACAGUAUUCCCCUCAGUAGCUUGGGGCUAUGGAUUGGCGCUCAUGAUCGGUAUUCUGGUUAGUGGGGGAGUGUCCGGAGGGCACUUGAACCCAGCCGUCACCUUGGCAAUGGCGUGCCUAAAGAAGUGUUCUUGGAAGCAACUCGUUGUCUACUGGCUAGCUCAAUAUUUGGGUGCUCUGUUGGGAGCGGCACUAUUAUUCGGGCUUUACUUUGAUGCAAUCAAUGAACUACCAAUUAGUGAUGCGAGCGCGGCUGGCAUUUUCGCUUCUUUUCCCGGCAUGAGUGAUCUUAACAUUGGUACUCUGAUUGCUGAUCAGCUCGUGGGAACUGCUCUUCUCCUGAUUAUCAUCCUAGCGGUCACAGACUCGAGAAAUAUGAAUGUGCCAUCUGGCUUGGUGACAAUUCUCAUUGGUUUGGGUCUGACAGCUAUUCAUCUCAGUUUUGCAUUCAACUCCGGUUGCGCCAUUAAUCCUGCUCGUGAUCUCUCGCCGCGUGUUAUUAGUCUUCUUUACAUGUCCUCCGCUUUUGCUGCCUACGACUACUUUUUCUGGAUCCCAUUGAUCAUUCCUCAUGUCGGGGCUGUGUUUGGAGCCGUUAUUUAUUAUUUUGGUGUCGAGAUGCAUCAUGAGCCUGAUACACUAACGUAAUGAAAAGUAACGAAUGAGA